AUUUUUUUCUAUAUAAAGAGAUAUUUAGCUUACUGUUGUUAUACAUAGCCCGGGUUUAAAGCAAGUGUUGGUUUCCUCUUGUGAUUUUUGCUACUUACAGAGAUAACUAUUUGGGUUUCUUUGUUGCUUUCUUCUAGGAUUGAGGUUGAAGAGAGUUUGCUUCUUCUAAGCUUUGGUUUUUCUUCUUGUUUUUUCACUUGAAGAUAUGUCGAGCUGCAUCGAUGUUGUGCCUGAGCAACUCUGCUAUAUCCCUUGCAACUUUUGCAACAUAGUUCUUGCGGUGAGCGUUCCAUGUAGCAGCCUGUUCGAUAUUGUGACAGUUCGAUGCGGGCACUGCACCAAUCUAUGGUCUGUUAACAUGGCAGCCGCCGCAUCUCAGUCACUGUCAUGGCAAGAUAUUCAGGCACCCAAUUCUGCAAUACAGGAUUACAGGACAGAUCUGGGUUCGUCGUCGAAAUGCGGCAACAAGUUCUCGAUGCGUGCCGCUAACAGUGCAACCGAGGAAAGGGUGGUGAACCGACCUCCCGAGAAGAGGCAGCGAGUACCUUCUGCAUACAACCAGUUCAUCAAAGAGGAGAUUCAAAGGAUCAAGGCCAACAAUCCAGAUAUCAGUCACAGGGAAGCCUUUAGCACUGCUGCUAAGAAUUGGGCACAUUUCCCUUAUAUCCACUUUGGGCUGAUGCUGGAAACGAACAACCAAACUAAGGUGAAUAAUCAGGUUUAAGAAGCGUCCGACGGCAAGGAGUGCGGUGCUAAACAAGCGGUUGCGUUGCGUUUGAGAUUCAAGCAAAAGGUUGCGAUUUGAGGGUUUGAAGUGAAGAAAAAGUGUUGAUCCAAUGUGUUUGUGUGUGUUUAAAGGAUAUGGAUAUUUAUUUAUAUCCUUACUUUUUAUUUGUGUUUAGAAUAUGUAAUAUUUACUUCAACUCAGCUACUUUUCGACCGACCA